AUGGCUUUCCAUGGAUCCUCUCGGCCAACAGUGUGUGGUAACUUGUUCCCUGGAUCAGAGUUAGGCCACAAGUAUUUUUGUGUCAACACCACGACCGGGACUACCUCAACGGGCCUCAGCGCUACACCAAAUCCGACCGGACCCAACGCACCUGCUGGGACUCCCAGGCACCCGGCGUCACUCGGGGGCAGCACAGGCGGAGGGGCGGCCAUCCCGCAACCUCACAGUAAUCCAGCAAGUGAGGUUCCAAGUCCUGCUGAAAUGGAGCCUGAUCGGCCUAUCGGUUAUGGUGCGUUUGGAGUGGUCUGGUCUGUGACGGACCCUCGGGAUGGACGUAAGGUGGCUCUGAAAAAAAUGCCGAAUGUCUUCCAGAACCUGGUCUCCUGCAAACGUGUGUUCAGGGAACUCCGGAUGCUGUGUUUCUUUAAACAUGACAAUGUGCUUUCUGCCCUUGACAUUCUCCAACCUCCACAAAUCGACUGCUUUGAGGAGAUAUACGUGAUCACUGAGCUCAUGCAGAGUGACCUACAUAAAGUCAUCGUUUCCCCUCAGCCUCUCACCACCGAUCACAUCAAGGUGUUCCUCUACCAGAUACUCAGGGGGCUGAAGUACCUGCAUUCUGCAGGCAUUCUGCACAGAGACAUCAAACCAGGGAACCUGCUGGUCAACAGCAACUGUCUGCUUAAGAUUUGUGACUUUGGCCUGGCGCGAGUGGAGGAACCGGAUCCUUCUCGUCACAUGACCCAGGAGGUAGUGACGCAGUAUUACCGUGCUCCGGAGGUUCUGAUGGGAUGCCACCAUUACACUUCGUCGAUAGAUGUCUGGUCUGUAGGCUGCAUCUUCGCAGAGUUGCUUGGCAGACGUAUUCUUUUCCAGGCUCAGAGCCCCAUACAACAGUUGGAUCUGAUCACUGAUCUCCUCGGGACUCCUCCUCUUACUGCCAUGGCAUCCGCGUGUGAAGGAGCUCGAGCGCAUAUUCUUAGAGGACCCCACAAACCACCCUCGCUUUCUGUUCUGUACAUGUUGUCAGAUGGGGCAACACAUGAAGCUGUUCAUCUUUUGUGCCGCAUGCUAGUUUUUGAUCCAGCCAAGCGCAUCUCGGGCAGUGACGCUCUGUCUCAUCCGUACUUGGAUGAGGGUCGUCUGCGGUACCACACCUGCAUGUGUAAGUGCUGCUACUCUGUGCCCAGCGGGAGGGUGUACACCCGAGACUUUGAGCCGCCUGCGGAUCGACCUUUCAGUCACAACUAUGAGCAGAGCAUGCACUCCGUCUGGCAGGGCAAAGAGCUCAUCCAUCGUUUUAUAACAGAGCACCAGCAAGGCAAACGAGUGCCUUUGUGCAUCAAUCCCCAGAGUGCAGCCUUCAAAACCUUCAUUAGAUCCACAGCCUGGCAUUCUUCAAAAGUAUCAAGGAAAGAAGAGAGAUGAGGUGGAUUCUGGGAAAUGUGGAUCAUAGGAGCAACCAUGCAUUGGAGAUGAAGAUGGUUCUUGAUGGAUCACAUGCUUUUGAACGAAUUCUCAGCACUCAUUCCAAUUCCACACGGGGAGUUCUCAGAAAAA